AUGAAGACAGUCACCGGAGGAGUCAUCGCCGCAGAACCCAUCUCCCUCCCAAAGGCGGCCACGAUUCUCUCUAGUUUCGUCUCCUCAAAGAACGGCGCGUCGCAAGACGUCGGCGCGUACCUCCGACGCGCCUCCGCAGCAUUUAGCGAGCUGAGGAGCUUCCACGGCGAGCUGAAAUCGUCUCCUUUGAAAGAGACGCAGAUUGGUUCUGAUGUUACUCAUGAGCGGAAUCAGGAUUUGAAGGGUGAGAUAAACGAAGAAAGGAAGAAGAAGAAGAAGAGUGAGGAGAGCAUUGAAGAUGAUGAAAGUGUUGUUGUUGGGAAGGUGAAGGAAAAGCUGAAAACUUGUGAGAAAUCUGUGGGAGUGGAAGUUGAAAACGAAAAGGAGAGGAGAAAAGAGAAAAAGAAGAAGCGGAAGAGUGGAAAAGAGAUGCAUUCUGUGGAGAAGAAGAGUAGAGCAAAAGAGAAUUAG